AUGGAAAGAACAAUCCAUAUAAAAAAUAAUAGCAUGUCAAGCUUAAAUAGAGAUAAUGAAGAAAGUGAUUUUUCGAGGAACUAUGACGAAAUGAAUUUUAGGAAAUUUGAGAUGAAACCAAACAAGCCACUAAAAUGUGAUAUAAAAGAAAACAGAUCAUGGGUUGCAUUAACUAGAAAUAUUCCAAUAGACACAUGUAAUCGUAUUGUAAAUAUUCCUACAAAGGAAACAAAAAUAAUACAUAAACCAAAGAUUGAAUUAGUUGAAAAAAUAAAAGAGGUUCCUACUUAUUUUAUUCAAAAUAAAAAUAAGGUAAUAGAAGUUCCAGAAGUGAAAUUUGUAGAUAAAAUCCAGUAUGAUCCCCUUUUUGUUGAAAAGCUUAAAUAUGUACCAAAAGAAAUAACAAAAUAUAAUAUUAUUGAGAAGCCUGUAGUAAAAAAUAUUAUAACAGAAAAAAAAGUGGAUGUUCUGAAAGUUCAAGAAAAAAUAAGUUUCAAAGAUCAAGAAAUUGUAGAAGAAGUUUAUCAUUAUUUUGAUAAAGAUAAGAACAAAUUCAUUAAUGAAGAUGGAAAUACAAUGGAAAAUUAUGACAGUUUAAAAGAUAAAGAUAUGCAAAUCAAUUUUGAAAAUCCCAAGCAUCAAUAUGUGGAUGACAAUAAUAUAUUACCACCUCUGUUGACACCAUUUGGUCCACAAGUAAAAUUGACAGAAAAUAAAACAGUGGAAAAUGUCUUUGUACCUAAAGUUGAAAAAGUAGUUGAAAUAAAAAAGAAAAUUGAUAUACCAAUAAAUCUACCAGUUCCUUAUAUAGUUCCAAAACCAAAAAUUAUAGAUGUAGAUGUUCCUGUUUUUAAAUUUAAUGAUAAAUAUGUACCGGUGCCAGUUCGUAAAAGAAUAAUACCGAAAGUAACAUGGAGUGAUAAGGUUUAUAAAGUAGAUUGUUUGGUUGAAAAGCCUUAUUUAGUUUAUCAUAAUAUAAUAAAAAUUGUACCAACGAAUUCAACAAUAAAGGUUAGAGAAUAUCCAAAGGGAAUAACUAAAAUAAAUCCAGAAGAAUUGUAUGAGGUAGAUAACUUGGCUCUAUGGAUGAGAGUAAAUGCAGAUUUGAAAAAAGAGAAGGAUAAAUUAAAAAAAUGUGACAAUCUAUCAGAACAUACAUGUGAAUGUUCAGAUUGCGAAUGUAAUGAAUCAUUUUCUAAUACUGAAUUAAAUUUAUCACAAGAAGAUAUAACUACCAUUAAAUCUUCUAAUGAAAAUCUCUUUGAAACUCUUCCAUUGCACCCAGGUCAUCCUUUGGAGAUGGUUCAUUUACAAAAUAAGUGGAUUAAACAAGAUACUACAAAGACUCAAGAUAUAUAUGAUGAAAAAUUUAUGGAUGCUCAUAGAAAUGCCAUAUUUAAUUUAACUACUAGAAUACCUCGUGAAGCAGAAAUAGAAAUAAAACAAAUUUCAGAACUUCAAAAAAACAUGCAGAAAGAAGGAUUGAAUAUUAUUCAUAAUGAAUUAUCUCACUUACCUGGAGAAAAUAUACAUAUGUAA